GACGUCAUUAAGGUGAGAAUUUUUUCGUGGACUUUAUCGCUCACUUGAAUGAUGUCUGGGUCUGGUCCAUAACAAGUGGAAAAGCGAAGCACUGCAGACGCAUUUCUCGCUUUUAUCUGAAGUUUUAUUUUGCAAAUAUUAAAGGAAAAUUUUUGAGUUAAUCCUAGAAGUAAGACCUGAAUCCGGAGUACAGACAAGUAAUACUACUCGUAAAUCCGAAAAUUUAAAUAAGAGGACCUGUGUGAUAAUUGUAUGGUACUACCAAAAAUAAAUUAUAUAGAUCAUGCAGGCCGAUAAACUCCCACCAAAUCCCCGUGAAUCGGCAGGACUAUUGUCCUCGCUUAUGUUUUGCUUUGCACUGCCCAUUCUCUUCAAGGGCCGCAAGAAGACCCUUCAACCUACGGAUCUGUAUCAGGCCCUCAAGGGACACCGAGCGGAUAGUUUGGGCGACAGAUUCUUCCAGACAUGGCAGGCCGAAGUGGCAGCAUGUCGUCGGAAGCACAACCAGCAGCCGAGCAUCAUCAAGGUGAUACUUCGUGUAUUCGGCUGGCAGCUGCUGAGCUCCGGCCUGAUCCUUGGAGUCCUGGAACUGGGGACCAGGGCCACUGCACCUUUGUUGCUAGGCGCCUUGAUAUCAGAGUUUACGGCAUAUGGAAACGGCGAUGGACUGAGCGCACAGCUGUAUGGAGCUGGCCUGAUAUUUACAACCUUGGUUAGUGUCCUCCUGUUCCAUCCUUAUAUGAUGGGUAUGAUGCACCUGUCCAUGAAGAUGAGGGUAGCCGUGGGCUGUGCCAUCUAUCGCAAGGCGCUGCGCCUGAGUCGCACUGCUAUGGGAAAUACCACAACGGGUCAGGUGGUCAAUCUGAUAUCCAACGAUUUGGGGCGCUUCGAUCGGGCCCUGAUACACUUCCACUUUCUCUGGCUGGGACCGCUGGAGCUGCUGGUUGCCUCCUAUUUCCUGUAUCAGCAGAUUGGCCUGGCCUCGCUCUACGGCAUUGUCAUACUGCUGCUCUAUCUGCCGGUGCAGACCUACUUGAGCAGGCUGACCUCCGUGCUGCGUCUGCAGACCGCUCUGCGAACGGACCAGCGGGUGCGAAUGAUGAACGAGAUCAUAUCCGGCAUACAGGUGAUCAAGAUGUACACCUGGGAGCGGCCCUUUGGCAAGGCGAUCGAGCGCCUGCGGCGCAGCGAGAUGAGCUCCAUUCGCAAGGUAAACUACAUCCGGGGCACUCUGCUCUCUUUUGAGAUUACUCUCGGCAGGAUUGCCAUCUUUGUGAGCCUCUUGGGCUACGUCCUGAUGGGCGGGGAGCUCACGGCGGAGAAGGCCUUUGUGGUUACGGCAUUCUACAACAUCCUGAGGCGCACUGUCAGCAAGUUUUUCCCCAGCGGCAUGUCCCAGUUUGCCGAAAUGUUGGUCACAUUGCGCCGGAUACGGGCAUUCCUUAUGCGCGACGAAUCGGCUGUCCUUCAGAGCGAUGGCGAUGGUGAUCCCAAAGAGAAGCCGACCGAUGUUUUGGUCGAAAUUGAGGAUUUGACAGCACGCUGGAGCCGAGAGCAAAGUGAACCGGUCCUGGACAGGAUCAGCAUGAGCCUGAAGCGCCCGCAAUUGGUGGCCGUCAUUGGGCCCGUGGGCUCUGGGAAAUCGAGCCUCAUCCAGGCGAUACUCGGCGAGCUGCCACCCGAGUCUGGGCGCUUAAAGCUCCAGGGAAGAGUGUCCUAUGCCUCGCAGGAGCCCUGGCUCUUCAACGCCUCCCUGCGGGACAAUAUCCUGUUCGGCCUGCCCAUGGACAAGCAUCGAUACCGCAGUGUGGUCCAGAAGUGUGCCUUGGAACGUGACUUUGAGCUGCUCCAGGGGGAUCGGACAAUGGCGGGUGAGCGUGGCGCAUCGCUCUCCGGCGGCCAACGGGCGAGGAUCAGUCUGGCCAGAGCCGUGUACCGCAGGGCGGAUAUCUACCUGCUGGACGAUCCUCUCAGCGCCGUGGACACGCACGUGGGUCGUCAUCUGUUCGAGGAGUGCAUGCGGGGCUUUCUCAAGCAUCAAUUGGUCAUACUGGUGACCCAUCAGCUGCAGUUCCUGGAACAGGCGGAUCUCAUUGUGAUUAUGGACAAGGGCAGGGUCACAGACAUCGGCAGCUAUGAAAAGAUGCUAAAGAGUGGUCAGGACUUUGCCCAGCUGCUGGCCAAAAGUACUCGCCAUGAGAAUGUAGACCACGAUGGAGAUGGGGAUGGGGCAGCUGCUGGCGAUGGCAAGGUCUAUUCCCGCCAAAGCAGCCGCCAGAGCAGGACGAGUGUCAGCUCUGCAGAGUCCGGAGAAGAGGAGGUGGUAGUCACCCCCGUGCAGGAGUCACGUUCCAGCGGCAGUAUUGGCAUGGAUAUCUACAGAAAGUACUUUGCCGCUGGCUCUGGCUGGAUCAUGUUCGUCCUGGUCGUGUUCUUUUGCCUGGGCACACAGCUGCUGGCCUCUGGUGGCGAUUACUUCCUGUCCUACUGGGUUAAGAACAACAAUCAAUCUUCUGCGGUGGACAUUUACUACUUCAGUGCCAUAAAUGUGGCCCUCGUGAUCUUUGCCCUGCUUCGAACGAUUCUGUUCUUCAGCAUGGCCAUGCACUCGUCCACUCAGCUGCACAACACUAUGUUUCAGGGCGUAUCCCGCACGGCGCUAUAUUUCUUCCACUCAAAUCCGUCGGGCCGCAUACUGAACCGAUUCGCUAUGGACCUGGGCCAGGUGGACGAGGUGCUGCCCGCCGUCAUGCUGGACUGCAUACAGAUCUUCCUCACCAUAGCCGGAAUAAUCUGUGUGCUGUGCAUCACCAAUCCCUGGUAUCUGUUGAACACGUCCGUCAUGUUCGUGGCCUCCCACUUCCUACGCCGGUUCUACCUGAGUACUUCGCGGAAUGUGAAGCGACUGGAAGCGGUGGCCAGAUCGCCCAUUUACUCGCACUUCAGUGCCACCCUGAAUGGUCUGCCCACCAUACGCGCCCUGGGUGCCCAGAGACUGUUAAUUGGGGAGUACGACAACUACCAGGAUCUGCACAGUUCUGGCUACUAUACGUUCCUGUCCACCAGUCGGGCAUUCGGCUACUAUCUGGAUCUCUUCUGUGUGGCCUAUGUGAUUUCCGUGACGCUUACAAGCUACUUCUAUCCACCACUCGGCAAUCCGGGACAGAUUGGAUUGGCCAUUACGCAGGCCAUGUCCAUGACGGGCACCGUUCAGUGGGGCAUGCGGCAGUCGGCAGAGCUGGAGAACUCCAUGACGUCCGUGGAGCGGGUUGUGGAGUACAGAAACCUACAGGCGGAGGGAGAGUUCGAGUCUCCUGCUGACAAAAAGCCAGCCGAUAGUUGGCCCAAAGAGGGACAAAUUGUGGCCGAUGACCUGAGCCUGAGAUACAAUCCCGAUCCCAAAACCGAUCGGGUACUGAACUCUCUGAGUUUUGUGAUCCAGCCGCGCGAGAAAAUCGGCAUUGUGGGACGCACGGGUGCGGGGAAAUCUACGCUGAUUAAUGCACUGUUCCGACUAUCCUACACCGAUGGCAGCAUGCUGAUUGAUGGGAGGGAUACAGCUGGGAUUGGUCUCAACGAUUUACGCAGCAGAAUCUCGAUUAUUCCACAGGAACCGGUGCUUUUUUCCGGCACCCUUCGCUACAAUCUGGAUCCAUUCGAGCAGUAUACGGACGACAAGCUCUGGCAGGCCCUAGAGGAGGUUCAUUUGAAGGAGGAAGUCUCGGAGCUGCCCACCGGCUUGCAGAGCCUCGUCUCCGAGGGUGGGGCCAACUAUAGUGUUGGUCAGCGCCAGUUGGUCUGCCUGGCACGUGCUGUUCUACGGGAAAAUCGCAUCCUAGUCAUGGACGAGGCCACGGCGAAUGUAGAUCCCCAAACCGAUGCCCUCAUCCAGUCCACCAUUCGGAGAAAGUUCAGAGACUGCACUGUCCUAACCAUAGCCCAUCGCCUGAAUACCAUCAUUGAUUCGGAUAGGGUUAUGGUAUUGGAUGCCGGCAAUCUGGUGGAGUUUGGCACUCCACACGAGCUUCUAGUGCAAUCCAAAACGAAAAUCUUCUACGGCAUGGUUAUGGAGACGGGCAGGACGAGUUUUGACUAUCUUCUGAAGAUAGCACAGUCAGUCCACGAGAGCAAAUCGCACAGCAGAAUAGAAUGAAUCCUUCCAUCAAUAUGAUUUUUUCCUCUUCAACAGCUGUUUAUUAAGUGCUGCAGCCAGAGCCUUCCGCUCAACCAUUCUUGAACAGGUGGCCCCUUUCGGGGGCCAAAAGUACCACUUGCGUGCCGGGUGAGAGCCCGCAUUCUUUUAUAAGGGACUUCACCUUUGGGUCCGGCCACUCAUGGCCUUUAUCUCCGUCUCUCCAGUCCGCUCGCCGUCGGUACCUCUUCAGUAGGUGAUUCCGCCGUAGCUCCUCGUCUUCUCGGGGUCGCUGAGUCGACAAUGUGGUGUCCCGUCCGUUGCAGCAGGGACCAGUGAUUGACGGCGGAAAUGUUGGUUCACGCCGAAUCAAACACUAGGAUUCAGCUUCAAGGCGCAGUACCUAUGUACCCUAAGCUUUGCCACCAGCCGAGUCGUAUCCGAUGUCCCCACGUCAGACGAAGUCCUUGCAAGAGCCCGAUCCUAUUAACCGCUGUCAUCUUCCGACCUGCCCAUCGACAACUAUCUGAAGGACUUUGGCUAUGGAAAACAAGGGAGUGGCUACGCGGACUACUAGGCUCUGGAUAGAUCUCGUUGUUGUUAGGUUUAAGGAUAUACAAGAUAGUACAGAUACAUUUUGGUAGUAGAUAUAAAUGUAAUCAGCUUGUUCAUUUAUUUAUACUUGGCUAAGUUAUGAUGAAUAAAACUAUUGAAAACUACCA